AUGAAUGCUCCUUCCAAACGAAGAAUUUGGAGCAUUCUUCUAGAGCACCAAGGAUCACGACAUGACAGUAAGUGUCCUGCAUCGGCCAUUACAUUGCCGGUGAGUCGAGAACGACAGCAAUUUGAAUUCGUCAGUGGGGAAAAGGUGCUGAGUCCAAAGUUCGAGGUGUACUUCAUCGUGCCUUUUAUGACUGUGGUGCGUCGUCCUUGCGGAUCCCAUUAG